AUGGCUUUCUACCAGGACCGCGCAGAAUUUGUCGAGGAUGGGCAUUUGGACGUGUGCAUGCGAGCAUCCGGCGAGAGGAUGAAAUCAGAGGCGACAGGUCGGAACAAGUUCAACGAGUCAUUUUUCACCCUCGCAAAUGAUGCUAAGGGAAACAAGGCGUACCAAGUAGAGGAAGACUUCGACCUCACUGCCGUCCGAAAGCUAGCACACCCAGACGAGUCAAUGGAGACUGACACGACUCGCAAAUACCUCGAGGUAGGACUAGUAUUUGGAAAAAGCCCAAACCUGUAUUUGGCAACUGGGAACCCUCGGGACAAGAAGAGAGAGGCGGAGAUGGAACAAAGAGGCGUACUGCCCCGCGAUGACUUUGCUCUCAGAGUAUUCACGCCAGCCACCGACGUCGUCAAAAAACAAGUGAAAUACUACGUCGCUGCAAAGUCGACCAACGGCAACUUCCAGCCACGAGUGGUAAGGGCCGAAAUGGUCUUCUUCUACCCAGAGUUUUGGCGGGGCAUCGACAACAUUCCGACUAUCAGGGACCGUCUGACUGCGGUAAACAAAGUUUGCCGUGAGGUUGCUUGUUCUAAAAAACAAGGAGACCCUGGAGCAAGUGUCCUAGUUGUGCCUGAUGACACGAACAAAACACGCUUCCAGCAUCCCUCGAAAACCACAACUUCUGACAACGUCGCCUCACUUGUGUUGAUGCUACAUACCAUGUAUCUAGAGACAGGGGACGUCAACUACCUUGUAAUGAUCAAGGAGACGCUGAAGAAACACAACGGUAUGAACCAGUUCGGCCCGCAAACGCGCACGGAGGGUAUAUACGCGUUUCUUGACUUUGGCGAGACCUUGACGGAUGAUUUAGCGCUUGAGAUGGUAGAAGAACUGCGUGAAACUUGGCCCCGAGGCGCAGGCAAAAGUGGACUUUCGUACUCUGGAAAACUUCCUCUCCUUUUACACCUUCUGAACGGCGACAAGAUUUGUGAAGAAGCCAUCAAGGUGGCGCUGCUGGCCACCGAACUCCACGGCGACAGAUUGCCUCAAACAUACUUGCCGCCAAUGACAGAGGAGGACAAAGACAAGAAGCCAUUGACACUCCAAAGCAUGCGGCACGUCCUUCGUUGCCUCACGUACGUCCAUGGACAGAUCAAGGACUACGCCGACCGGGCCACAGCCGAAGUUGUGGACCAGUAUGGCGGUGCUCUGCCCCACCGAUCUUUCAGCGAUCUGAUGGCAAGAAUCUCCAGCGCGAAAGACAAAAAGGAAGCAGAAGGUCUGUACUCCGAGCUGAUGGCCCUGCAUGUGGCAGCUUGUGUGGACACAAAUCAGCAGGUGUCUAAAUCUCUGGGAGAAGUAACCAGGUUCAUCACGGAUAUCCUGGGCCGUACGAAGGAGUAG